AUGUCUUUAUCAAGUAGUUCCCAGCAACAACAACAACAUCAACAUAUAGCAUCUACACAAGGUGGAAGGUCAUCAAAUCAACUUGCAAGUGCAUCUCAAUCAUUAUCACUAUCAAGUCAACAACUGUUAUCAUCUCCUGGCAACUCACAAUCGUCAUCAUCAUCAACUGUACAAUCUAAUAAUACAUCAUCAUUAACUACCUCAUCAUCAGCUUCAACAUCAUCAACUACAACAACUACUACCACUUCUACAACACUAUCAACAUCAUCAUCAUCACAUAGCUUCUCAAAGAUUAUCGAUGCGGCACGCAAGGGCAAUGUGGACUUGGUACAGAAGUUCUUGAAGAAGGACUGGAAAAAGGUGAACAAAUGUGAUGAGCGCGGCGAUACAUGUAUACACAAGGCUGCACUGUUUGGACACACAGACUGCAUCGAGACAAUCAUCAAGGCACUGCAGGCGCAUCAUAUCAACAGCACAAACAUUCAAAAUAUACUCAACUCCAAGAGCAACGAUGGGUACUCACCGCUCAUGUACGCGAUGCUCAAUGGGUGGAAGGAGUGCGCACGCGUCCUGCUGGCCAACGGCGCCGACGCCAAUGAGAAGCUGCCCAACUCAAACCCCGGCAGCUUCAUCCCACUCAGCUACUCGAUCACCAAUGGCUUUGGCUCGUACACAUGGCGCAUCGACAACUUUAGCAAGAUCAAGGAGCGCAAGGUGUACAGCAACGCGUUCCUCGUGAGCGGCUGCACGUGGAAGCUCGUGGCCUACCCCAAGGGUUCGCGCUCCGACGACAACCUCUCACUCUACCUCGAGGUGGCCAACCACGAGAAUCUGGCCGAGGGCUGGUUCCACCUGGUCACAUUCACCUUUAUCAUCUUCAACCACGCCGACGCCAACAACAAGGUGAAACGCGAGGUGGUCGCGCACCGCUUCCACAAGAACCACACCGACCUCGGCUUCUCGCAGAUCCUCAAGAAGGAGAUGCUGCGCGACAAGAAGGCGGGCUGGCUGCACAACGACCAGCUGCUCAUCGAGUUCAAAAUCGACAUCAUCCAAAACACAUCGUACUUUGACGAUGAGUCGUCCAGCGUGUACAGUUGGAAGCUGCAACGCGUUUCAACACUGCGUGAGCGAGCCAUCAGCGCCAACUUCCGUGUGGGCAUGUGCAAGUGGAUGAUCGCCGUAUACCCCAAGGGCAAGAAUGGCGGCGACCACCUCUCGAUCUACCUCAAGGUGGCCGAGACACAAUCGUUGGUCAAUGUGCCCGACUGGUUCUUCCUGGUCAACUUCAAGUUCUCCAUUAUCAAUCAACGCGACGGUUCAAAGUUCACGCGACAGGUCGAAGGCAAGAAGUUCAAGGCCAACAUCGAGGACUGGGGCUUCCCCCAAUUCAUGAAGUUGGCCAUCCUCUACGAUCCCAAGAAUGGCUUCAUCAAUCAGACCGACGAUUCAAUCCUAAUAGAGUUACAAAUGGAGAUCAACAAUGAUUAUACACGCAAGAAGUUUAAGGACAAUAUAACAGAUUGGGGACCAACACUACUACACUGUGUGUCGUAUCGUGGCGCGUAUGAUAGUGUGCGCUUCUUGUUGGCGAAUGGUGCAAAUCCAAAUGUCACGGACUACAAGGGCAGGACACCAUUGGACUGGUGCGCGUAUAAUGGCGACCUGCCCACGUCAGAGAUCCUGAUCACCACGGGAAUGGCCGACGUCAAUUGCAAGGACCACGAGGGCUUCACACCUCUGCAUAAAGCCGUGAUGAAUGGUCAUCUGGAGGUGGCGCGACUGCUAGUUCGCUAUGGCGCCAAUGUAAAUUCAAAGAACACAACCUGUAACAUAUCACCUCUGUCCCUGGCGAUCAGGGUCAGUCGUCUGUGGUGCGUGGAGUCGCUCAUCAAGUGGGGAGCGGAUCUAAACAUCGCUGACAAGAACAACCGAACUCCAUUGCAUUGGUCCAUGUGCAUUUCAGAGCCAAGGCUACUGUCAUUACUGUUUAAGUAUGGUUGUCCACAGCCUACACAACUUCAACAGCAGCAACAACUCAAACCGAACAACAACACAAACAACACAAACAAUACGAACAACACGACCACCAACAACAAUAACAACAAUAACACGACAGAGACAUCGUUGGAGGACAUUGCAGAGACAUCUGAUAACUUCGACACAAGCGAGAACAAUGAGACUCAGAAUCAAUCUGAGGGUCAUGAGCACUAUGACGACAUCAACAGUGAUAGUGGCGACGAUGACUUUAGCACACGAAUCAAUCAUUCGUCAUCUCCUCAAAGUAGUAGUACUGCCACGGCAUCGAUCAACACAUCAUGCUCACUCACUGGCAAUGGAAAUGUCAAUGGAAAUAUCAAUGGCAAUGGCAAUGGCAAUGCAAUAACAACUCAACUAUUUAUGAAUACUAUUAUCAAUCCAAUCAAAGCGAUGAACUUGUAA